AUGGCGGCCCAUGCAAUGGUAGUCUCAGGGGUGCGAAGGAGGAUUGGGAAUGGACAGACAACCCUAAUAUGGGGACACCCGUGGUUACGAGAUAAUCCUAGCCCAUUGAUUCAAACAGAAAUGCCACAACAAUUGAGAGAGGCGCGAGUUGCAGGACUAAUUGAUUCACAGACUCAUACCUGGGAUCCGCAUAUUCUGUCUGAUUUAUUUAUUCCUGAAGAUGUGGAGCGAAUAAAUAUGAUCCCUGUUAGUCCUGAGUAUGAGGAUUCAUGGUAUUGGAUGAGUGACCCAAAGGGGACAUAUACAGUAAAGAAUGCCUACAGGCAUAUUGUGGGAGAUUAUGAGAAUAAUCCAGCGAAUUUUGAUAAGUGGAUCGCAAUGUGGAAAAUAAAAGUACCCCCGAAAUGGAAAACUUUUUUGUGGAGAGCCAUAUACUCGUUUACAACAUGGCUCAAAGGGGUUAUGACAGUCUUGACGGAGGAGCAGAUCCGGUUAAUGGUAGCAGUAUUAUAUUAUAUUUGGAGAACCCGGAAUUCAGCUGUCUGGAAGGGAUCAAUGAUGCGGCCUACCCAGUUGGUCAAAGCAGCCACCGUGGCACUACAGGCGUACGGCACUGCUCAUGUUGGCCGAACCAACCCGACACCGGCGACGGACCACGUGAAUGGUCCAGGAGGGGGUGGUCUACGAUGUUAUGUGGACGCGGGUUUCCGGCACGACACGGGCGAGGCUACUUACGGCAUGGUAAUUAUAGCGCCAGAUGGCUCGUUUGUGGCAGCAAGGAAUGGCAAAUUACCAGUUUGUUUUUCACCACUUAUGGCGGAGGCUCAGGCAUACAAGGAGGCUUUGUCCUGGCUACUUGAACGGGACACCACAUCAGUAAGUUUACUCACGGAUUGCAUGGAAUUGGCAGCGAUAUUCAGGCACCAUCACACGCCGAUACAUUCGUACGUUGGGGUCACAGUUGACCAGUGCAGGACGUUUAUGUCGUUUUUUAAUCGUAUUACUUUGGAUUAUAUUUCUAGGCAAGUUAAUUUACAUGCACAUGCUUUAGCUACGUUAGCAUUUACUCAGGAUCAAGCUAUGUAUUGGGAUGCUAUCCCACCUGACACUAUUUCGACUUUGAUUCAUUAA